UCCAUCUAAAAAAAAAAAAAAAAGAAAUUAGCCAGGCAUGGUGGUAAGUGCCUGUAGUCCCAGCUACCCCAGGAAGCUGAGGUGGGAGGAUUGCCUGAGCCUAGGAGGUGGAGGCUGCACUGAGCUGUGAAUGUACCAUUGCACUCCAGCCUUAGUGACAGAGCAUGACCCUUUCUCUAAAAUAAUAAGCAUUCCAUAGAAAUGCUCGAAUGGAGAAAUCAUGAGUGGGGUCUCGGAGGGGACCAGGGUCGCAGUGACAGGCAACCUGGGGUUCUGACCCAUGAUCACUGCUGUUGCAGGAAGAUGAAUGCUUCCAGAUGCGUGCCUGAGGAGGUGGGGUUCCUCCGCCCGCUGACCAUGGCUGUCCUGUCUGUGUCCUUUGUCGUCGGAGUGGUGGGCAAUGGGCUGGUGCUGUGGAUGACUGUCUUCCGCAUGGCCCGCACGGUGUCCACCGUCUGGUUCUUCCACCUGGCCCUUGCCGAUUUCAUGCUGUCUCUGUCUCUGCCCGUCGCGACGUAUUACGUGGCCUCUGGGCAGUGGCUCCUCGGAGAGUGGGCCUGCAAACUCUACAUCACCUUUGUCUUCCUCGCCUUUUUUGCCAGUAACUGCCUCCUCAUCCUCAUCUCUGUGGACCGUUGCAUCUCAGUCCUCUACCCCGUCUGGGCCCUGAACCACCGCACCACACAGCGGGCGAGCUGGCUGGCCAUCACGGUGUGGCUCCUGGCCGUGGCCUUGUGCUCUUCACACCUGAGAUUCCGGAAGACCAGAAAAUGGAACGGCUGUGCACAGUGCUACUUGGAGUUCAGCUCCAAGAAUGAGACUGCCCAGACUUGGAAUCAGGGGAUCUUCGAGAUAAAAAAUGUGGUGACCAUAGGCCACUUCCUGCUGGGCUUCCUAGGGCCCUUGGCAGUCAUAGGUAUCUGCGCCCACCUCAUCCGGGCAAAGCUCUUGCGGGAGGGCUGGGUCCACGCCCACCGGCCCAAGAGGCUGCUGCUGGUGCUGGUGAGCGCUUUCUUCAUCUGCUGGUCCCCGUUUAACAUGGUCCUGUUGGUCCAUCUAUGGCGAAGGGUGAUCCUCAAGGAACUCUACCACCCCCGGAUGCUCAUCAUCCUCCAGACUAGCUUUGCCUUGGGCUGUGUCAACAGCUGCCUCAACCCCUUCCUCUACGUCUUUGUUGGCAGAGAUUUCAAAGAAAAAUUUUUCCAGUCUUUGCCUUCUGCCCUGGCCAGGGCGUUUGGAGAGGAGGAACUUCUCCAUGGUCCUGUCCCCGUGGCAACGCCCCCAGGGAACGGUGGAAGCCUUGAGUUGGAAGCUGGAAGCUGUCUCUCCUAGUUUGCUUGUGGCCUCUCACCUUGACUGGCUUCUAACACCCUGCCAAAUUCUGCCUCUUCUUUCAGGAAGUCUUCCAGCA